AUGGUUAGAUUUAAGAAUAGAUAUAUUACUAUUGAAAUAGCAUCACCUGAAGUACCUGAAAGGCAACCACUAUAUUUAAAGCCAUCGGCUAUUUACGAAGCUAUUUUAGCUAAAAUACAACAACUCCAUGGCGAUUUUGGUGUAGCUGCAGUACGGACAGGAUUUCUAACAAAAUACUGUAAUGAGAAUACAAGAAUAGCAAUAAUUAGGUGUAGACAUGGUCCACACCAAUUUGUUACAAGUAGCCUUCCAUUUAUUACUAAACUAGGACAAUACGAAGUGACAUUACAAACUCACCAUGUAGGAGCAACUCUUAAACAUAGUUUUAUAUUUAUUCAGAGAUAUCAUAGAAAAUUUUUAGAUUCAAUGUGGUCAAAUCUGCAUAGCGAUGAAGAUAAAAAAGCCCUUGAAAUUGCUGUUACUGAGUUUACAAGAGCUGAUGUAUCUAUGAUUAAAGACAAUUUAAUGUAA